UCUGGGUUUUGGGUUUAGUUCUUCUUUUGUUGAAGCAAAAAGGGGGGAGAACUCAUGGAUGAGAACAAUCCGAUAAUAAGAAAAAAGGAUUACAUUUUGCUGAAGGAUUUCAAAGUGAAAACUGAAGUUGAUGAAAAGGGUUUUAUUUUAUGCUUCUGGGUUUCUAUCUUCAACUUCUAUUCUGUAUAUCCCAAAACCAUUCUUGAACAGGUGUAUGCAGAGAUUAACAGCAGGUCCCCUCUACUUGUUCUAAACGGAAAGACAUUGAUGCUUUUACCAUUGACUUACCUACUCAAUGAAGCUCCUGGUCCCGGAAACACUGAUUUACGAUUGACCGCCGAGAUUGAACAAAACCAAAACAAAUGGAUACAUGUCGGAUACGAGGUCUCUUCUGAUUUUGUGCGGCUUUGCGUUAAUGGGGAGAUUGCAGGAGAGCGACAUCUUUCUUGUAGUUCAAGGAAGAGGACAUUGAUUGAUAUUCGUGGCGAUAGAAGUUUUCAUGCUUUCAUCCAUGAAGCAAAAGUCUUGCCUUCAACGUUCUCCAUAAAGGACCAAUAUGUGAAGGACUUUGAGGUCCAACGGAAAAUUACCGGAUGCGAAGAUUACAUGACCCAAGAAAACUUUGAGAAGAUGUGGUGUUGGUUAUACCCUGUAGCUUUUACAUUAUCGAGUGACCGGAUAAAGGCAAUGUGGAAUUCUACAUCCCCAAAGUGGAUAGAAGGAUUUAUAACGAAGGAAGAAGCUGAACUCUCACUUCAAGGUCCGAGUGGCCUGCGAGAGCCUGGGACAUUUAUACUUAGGUUUCCUAUUUCAAGGAGUUGGCCCCAUCUAGACGCUGGUAGCUUAGUUGUGACAUAUGUCGGCAGUGAUUACGCUCUCCACCACUUGCUGCUUUCGAUCGAUAAUGUAUAUAGUUCCGGAGCACUGGAAAUGAACGUCGAAGUAAAACCUCUGCAUGAUGUGCUACUGGAAGAACCCGAGCUCUCUUGUCUGGGAAGGGUAGUGAGAUGCCAUUGACCAUUGUUCGGAUGUAGCAUUGUGUUUAUGUUUUUAGUUCGCGACCACCAUUGCUGUUACACCCCACUGCUAGUUUAGGUUUGCUCAAGAGUCAAGCCCCUUUUCCUUUAUAAAAAAUAUAUGUAAUAUUAGAAGCCGAGGCAGUGUCGUAUCGUAUCGAUAUUGUAAACAAGCAUUGCGCUGAUGAUGACAUUCAUGUACCAUACAUGUUGACAAAGAAAUCAAAUUUAAAAAGCUUUUUUGAUGUAAAUUUGAUCACUUUGUUUUGUCCAUGGUACCCGUACUCUGUUUUU